CUGGUCGCCAAUUCUACACAUCUACCGCAGAUGCUACCAAGGCGAGACAAAGAUAGCAGCGCAGAUCUUUGUCCUCGAGAGACGCAAAUAGGACAGAAGGUUCCCUUUGUCACUCCAAGGAUCGCAAUCACAUUGCACAAAGGAACCAUCCACAGCUCCACAGCUACAGCUCUUGGUACCCGUAAAGGGUCAAAUAUAAAGAUAUAUCUUCUUCACAAUUAGCUGGGACGCAGCCAAGAAACGAUUCCACGACAUACACACCAUAAUCUCUAAUCGCACAUCGACACUGCAAUGUUCGGUCUCUCAAUCUCUAACGCAGCCGCACUCUAUCUCAUCGUCUUGUUUCACGCCAUCCUUGCACCCAGUCAUGCUCUCCCAAAUUUGCAACGACGCGGUCUUCCCGGAGCUGUCUACACCUGCACCGGCGAGAACUUCUCGGGAGACUGUGGCUGGUCACUUCCGACCACCAAUUGUCGCAUCGCGACCGCAAAAUCGAUAGGGCCCGACCCGGGCGGCUACUGCACACUGUACAGAAAAUUCGACUGCACCGACUCCGUCCGCACUCUGAGAUUUCCUGGGGCCUCCAGCGAUCUACCGAAGUACAUGUCCUUUAAAUGUGGUGUCGGCGUCGGUAUCUCAGGCACCGUUGCGCCUCAGGCGCAAGCAAACCCAGAUCUGAGCUUGAAAGCACUUCCAGCAGAUCGGCUUGCAGGUGGCGUUGGUAGUCUGGAGAGGAAGGCAUAUCUGAAAGAGCUGCAAGCCAUGGAGAAGGAUGGGUUUAGCGAGGGGCUGAUUGGAUUGAAGAAAGAUAUGUACUACUAGGUUUUCGGAGUUUGGGUUUGAUAGCCUGUGUUUUCCAUUUCGUGUAUACCCGUAGUCAAAUUUCUACCUUCAGCUGCCUACAAUUAUGACAUGGCUUUGUUACUCAUACGUCUUCCCGUUUUUCGUGCUGGAUCCUUACCCUUGUCAGGGAAGUGAGGAAUGAAAGCGUCAAAAGACGAAAGCUGAAUGAGUAAUGCACAUGCUAACUUCCGUUCCGCAGCCCUCGGCUACGAUCGUACAGUGC